GAAUAUUUUUGUCCUCUCCAUUACAGUUCUUUGCCGAUGUGAAAGAGGCUCAGGACAAGAUGAAAAAAAUGCAGGAGACUAUGAAUAAGAAAUACAAUUGUGAUCGUUCCACCACAGCCACACGCCUGGAGGAUCUGCUGCAGGAUACUGUGGAGGAGCGAGAACAGUUGAAUGAAUUCAAGACACACGUGAAUGGCCUUAACAAGAGGGCUCGCUCCAUCAUUCAGCUGAAACCACGUAACCCCACCACAUCCAUCAAAGGCAAACUGCCCAUUCAGGCAGUCUGUGACUUCAAACAACAAGAGAUUACUGUUCAUAAAGGAGACGAGUGUGCACUCCUCAACAACUCCCAGCCUUUCAAAUGGAAGGUUCUGAGUCGCUCCGGACAUGAGGCAACUGUGCCUUCUGUUUGCUUCCUGGUUCCACCAGUAAACAAGGAUGCCAUGGACAGUGUGUCCAGUCUGGAAACAGGUCAUCAGCAGAUGGUGUCCAUGUGGCAGACGUUGUAUAUCAACAUGAAGAGUCUUCUGUCGUGGCAGUACCUGAUGAGGGACUUUACACAAAUUCGCUCCUGGAACAUCACAAUGGUGUGUGACGACACAUUUCUUAUUCAAU